GGAAGGUGGGGUUUUUGUUACAGGAGCGGUUUGUUUUCGGGGAGCCAAUGCGGUGGUCCGUGCUGCUAAAGCACUCAGCAAGAUAGCAUCAACCAAAGGCAGCAGUUCAGCUUUGGUUGUGUCCGUGUGCAUGUGUGGGUGUCUGUGUGUGCGAGUGUGCACAUGUGUUUGAGUGUGUGAGAAAGGCACGAGGAAGAUUCUGGCUAUGGCUACCAAUAAAGGUAAAAACCAUAGCUCUCUGGCAUUGCACAAGGUGAUAAUGGUGGGAAGUGGAGGUGUUGGAAAGUCCGCUCUGACGCUGCAGUUCAUGUAUGAUGAGUUCGUUGAGGACUAUGAGCCCACCAAAGCAGACAGCUACAGGAAGAAGGUUGUCCUGGAUGGGGAGGAAGUCCAAAUCGAUAUCCUGGACACAGCUGGCCAGGAGGACUAUGCUGCUAUCAGGGAUAAUUAUUUUCGCAGCGGGGAGGGCUUCCUGCUAGUCUUCUGUAUCACAGAGCAAGAGUCCUUCAGUGCCACUGAUGAGUUCAGGGAGCAGAUCUUGAGGGUGAAGGCAGAAGAGGACAAGAUUCCUCUCCUGCUGGUAGGCAACAAGUCUGACUUGGAGGAUCGUCGGCAGGUGUCAGUGGAUGAGGCCCGCGGGAAAGCCGAAGAGUGGGGCGUCCAGUAUGUGGAGACGUCAGCCAAAACUAGAGCCAACGUGGACAAGGUAUUUUUUGACCUGAUGCGUGAAGUACGAGGAAAGAAAAUGUCUGAAAACAAGGACAAAAACGGCAAAGGGAAGAACAAGAAGAGCAAGAAGAGCUUCAGAGAGAGAUGCUGUUUACUUUGAACUCUUCAUGGACCUAAACAAGCCACAAGACGACUAAUGC